UGUGGGUACAAUUCCAUAAGAAAAAUUUAUUUAUGUUUGUCUCAUUCUGUUCACAGGGAAAUAUAUCUCGAAGUUAGCAAUAAGAAUUACCAUCCCCAAAACCACAUCAUAGAUGACAACCCUGCUUCUGGAGAUUCAGAAAGCAUGCUAACUCUUUCUCCAGACAUAAAUGGAAGUGCUGGGAUUAGGCAACCAAUUAAUAGCACUGAAAAUGUAUUUCCUGAAAUUAUCAUCAAUAGUUUUUUUCUCACAACCUGCCUUUUAGGGCUUGUGGGAAAUGGAAUGGUCAUUUGGCUUCUUGGCUUUCACAUGAAGAGAAAUCCUUUCACCACUUACAUCCUAAACCUCUCCAUAGCUGACUUUGGGGUCCUCGUCUUUUUAAUUAGCACUGCUGCUUUGGGGAUGUCCAUGGUUCAGUAUAAUGGAAUCAAUAUUCACUCUCUUUUUUUCCUAAUUUUUCUGGAGGUAUUUUUUCUCACAUAUUCUGCAAGUCAAUAUUUAUUGGCUGCCAUCAGUAUUGACAGAUCUGUGGCCAUCCUCUUCCCACUUUGGCAUCGAUGCCACCGGCCUCCAUGUUUGUCCACUAUUGUUUGUACCCUAAUCUGGAUCCUCUCUUUUGCCCACUCUGCAAUUCACUUCACUCUCCAUAGAACUAAGAGCUUUGGCAAUACUCCAGUGUUGUAUCCACUUAUUAUGAAUGUUCUGCUUUGCACUCCUAUCAUGGUUACCUCCACUCUGAUCCUGAUCAUUCAGUUAUGCUGUAAAUCAAAACAACAUCAUAGGGUAAAGCUUGUCACGUCCAUCUUGCUUGCCCUCCUCUUCUUCCUCAUCUUUGCUGUCCCACUUAAUGUGUUCUAUAUCAUAACUCAUUAUCACACCUCUCUUCCCACUCUAAUGGGAACAGGUUUUGUCUGUUCUUCUCUGAACAGUUGUAUCAAUCCUCUGAUCUAUUUCUUAAUUGGGAGGAGACAAAAGAAAGGUCAGCCCAGAGUGUCCAUGAAGGUGGCACUCCAGAGGGUCUUCAAGGAUGAGCAUGACCAUAAGGAAGAACAGAACACCUCAAGUGUAACCACUGUUUGAUGCCCUGGGCAAUGUGUCCACUAGGGCUGGGCGGUUUCGUUUCGUUAAUUCGUAAUUCGUUAAAAAUUCGUUAUUUUUUUUAUAACGAAGCG